UCUUUUAGGUUGGCAGUCAUGCCGUUAAUCUUGAUUCAUUGAACUUCUUCUUUCCUGUACUUUUGUAGCGACAAGUCGCAUAUCGUUUUUGCUUCAAUAAAUACAAUUUUAGGUUAUGGGCCCAGCACGUUUUUGAACAAAGGGAAAGUGACUAAUCGAAAUUGUGUAUUGUGAUGGAGCAAGAAAAGAACGAUCGUCAUUUUCUCCCGCUGAUUGACGGCACAAAUUAUACCGCAUGGAAGUAUCGGGUGACAAUACUCUUGGAGGAGCAUGAGCUGUUAGAGUGCAUUAAUACGAACACGGAUGGGCUAGAGGUGCUGAAGGUCGAGGCGGGAGAUAGUGAGGCGAUAGCUAGGGAAAAGGAGCGGAACCGUGAAGUGCGGGCCAAGUUAGAUCGGCGAUGCAAAUCAUUACUUGUAUCGAGAAUACACGACUCGCAAUUGGAGUACAUUCAGGACCAGAAAACUCCAAAGGACGUAUGGGAUGCUCUUCGGCGUGUGUUCAAGCGACGCAGCAUUGCAAGUCGCAUGCAUUUGAAGCGACAAAUGCUUACUCUUCGUUUCGAGGGCGGAACACUUCAGCAGCAUUUUUUAAAGUUUGAUAAACUAGUGCGGGAAUAUCGGGCUACUGGUGCUGUGCUGGAAGAGCUUGAUGUGGUUUUCCAUUUAAGCGCAAGAUGAACCCCGCUGAUGCAACGAUGGAUUUACCGACGGAGGGGGAGCAGCGACGUGCAUCCUUAGGCCGACCUGGAUUUUUCAACCCGGCGGUGAUGCAGCAACCCGGAGCAUCGCAGCCGCACGUUCGCUCCGUGCACGAAGUAGCGUCCCAUCAUCAGGUGUCCCCAAACGGACACCUCUAUCCGCCAUCGCAAUUGGGACCCGCAUCAGCGCAGCCGGUAUCAGCGCCAUCGCAAUUUGUGCAACCGCCAUCGCAAACGGGCUCAGCUGUAGUGGAUAACGCCGUACUCCUGCAAACGCAGAAAAUGAUGCAGCAACUAAUGGCCCAGCAAAUAAGCCAGCCCGUAGUUACGCCAAAUUUUAAUCCAGAGCAAGCAACGGAAGCAUUAGCCAAUUCGAUUAUGGAAUUUCGGUUCGAUCCUGAAGCUGGCAUCACCUUCAGAACAUGGUUUUCCCGGUACGAGGAGCUGUUCAACGAGGAUGCUUGUCGGUUAAGUGAUGCAGCAAAAGUGCGACUUCUUUUAAGGAAGCUAGGUGCAGCCGAGCAUGAUCGGUAUUUGUCGUUUAUCCUGCACCGGCGUUCAAAUGAAUUUUCAUUCAAGGAGACGAUCGCCAAGCUCGCUGUGCUGUUCGACGUACAGGAAUCCUUGAUAAGCAAAAGGUACAGGUGUUUGCAGCUUACAAGGAAACCUGAAGAGGAUCUGCUUACCUACGCAUGCCGUGUGAAUAAAUCAUGCGUAGAGUUCGAGCUCAACAAGCUCGACGAGGAGCAGCUAAAGUGCCUCUCAUUCGUUUGUGGAUUAAGAGAAGAACAAGACGUCGAAGUGCGAACUAGAUUGUUGGCGAAAAUCGAGGAUCGAGAGCAGAUUACGUUGCAGCAACUGUCAGAGGAUUGUAGUCGCAUUGCCGCACUAAAAAGAGACAGCGCAAUGAUACAGGAAAAUGAACGGCAAGCACUCGCAUUGCAUAACAACAAUAAUACAAAAAUAUUUAAUAACCAUACUAAAGCUAACAAUUCGAGUUUUCAGCACCGGCAAUUCCCCAGAAUAAAUAAUUUCCAAAGAUAUAGUAAGCAGCAUCCUCCCGCACGGAACACCCAGCCCAGCCGACCAUGCUGGCUUUGUGGCGAUAGACAUUGGGUGCAAGACUGCGAAUACAAAUCGCACACGUGCCAAGAUUGCGGAAUAGAAGGGCACCGAGAAGGACACUGCAAUACCUUCUCUCUGCAAGUCGAUUCGGAAAGUUUCGGCACAGCCCAUCAGCGGAGGCUAAAAUCGUCACGGGUGAAUGCUUGUGCAGUCGCAGUAAACCGUAAGUACGUAAACGUGCAAAUAAAUGGGAAGAAUGCCAGGUUGCAACUCGAUACGGGGUCCGAUAUCACGAUCAUAAAUCGACCCAUGUGGAAAAGCUUAGGAGAACCUUUAUUAAAUGCAUGCGAGAUAAGAACAAAGACAGUGUCAGGAGCUAACCUUCACAUAGACGGGGAAUUCGAAGGAAUUAUUACGGUUGGAGGAAUUACGAAAACAGCCACAAUACGGGUAGCUCGCGUAAAUCUUUUAUUAUUGGGUGCAGACGUAAUAGAAUGUUUUAACCUGGGAUCGUUACCAAUGAAUGCGUACUGUGAAUCAGUUUCAACAACGACACCAAUUGCUAAAGGCUUAGAAUAUCCCAGCGUUUUUAAAGGAUCAGGCAACGAUUAUUAUUUUACAAACCGAACAACGACUGCUACAUAAAAAAA